AUGAUUGCACUUGCAGUUGCUUUUGUUUAUCACAAGUUUCUGCUGCUGGAGGUCGUUUUUCGGACCGGGCCUGCCUGCGGCGUGGUCACCAAGGUGCGCCACCGCGGCUCCGGCGCGGUGUUCGCGCUCAAGACGGCGUACUACUCGGACCCCAACUCGGAGGAGGAAGCGGAGGUGCUCCGCCGCGUCGGAAGGUCGCCGCACCUCGUCCGCUGCCACGCCAUCUUCCGCGGCGCCGACGACGAGCCCGCGAUGCUGCUCGAGCUCAUGGACGCCGGAUCGCUCGGCCGCGUCCUCCGCCACCGCGAUCACCACGGACUCCCUGAGCCCGCCCUGGCCGAGGUGGCCGCGCGGUGCCUCGCGGGCCUAGCCCACCUCCACUACGCGUGCCGCGUCGCGCACCUCGACCUCAAGCCCGACAACCUCCUCGCCGACGGCCGCGGGAACGUCAGGAUCGGCGACUUCAGCGUGUCCAGGAUCUUGUCUCGCGUCCCCGGCGAUCGCCUCCGGGUCUCCGUAGCCGUCGGCUCCACGCCGUACUUGAGCCCCGAGCGGUUCGCGCCCAACGCCCGCGCCGGGCCGCGCGGCGCCUGCGCUGCCGACGUCUGGAGCUUGGGCGUCACCGUCCUGGAGCUGUUCUCCGGGAGGUGUCCCAUCCUGCCCGGGGCUCAGAGGACCUCAUGGGAAAUGCUCAAGGAGGCUAUCUGCUGCGGGAAGCCGCCGACGGUGCCGGAGAUCGCUACGGCGUCGGCGUCGCUGCGAGGGUUCGUGGACGCCUGCCUGCAGAAGGAUCCAAAGCGGCGCGCCACGGUGGCUCAGCUGCUCGCGCACCCGUUCGUCGCCGGCCGCGACGUGGAGUCGUCGCGCCGCUCGCUGCGGGAGAUAAUCGUGGAGACCAUGUACGAGCAAGGAGCCAAGGAUAGAGAGGAACGCGCCUAA